UAAUCAAUUUUUAUUUGUAUUUUGCAAGUAUUUUAAGGACUUCCGCUUGAGAUGAUGUAAUUUAGUCAGCUUAAUGGCGACUCUCGACGCUCUGUUCGAUGCGACUUCCCGUUCUUUUGGGAGUAAUGUCGCCGUCACCUAUAACUCUGGAUCAAUGCGAGAACACAUCACGUACAACGAACUGGUUGUUCAAGCGUCCAAAGUUGAAGACAUUUUGGAGACAUUGUGCAAAAGACAAGAAACCAUAGCGAUAUAUUCCAAACAGUCAAUUAGUUUAGUGUCUUGCAUUCUUGGAGUGUUGAAGUCUAGAAAUUGCUUUGCACCAAUUGAUUUGUACUGGCCUCCAGACAUGAUCCGCAAGUUUCUAUUGAAACUGAGCAUCCAUCUUGUUUUAUUAGAAGAAGAGCUACUCGAAUCAUUUGAAAAAUGUUUACUGCAAUGGAAACCAUUUCUACCUAAUGGCAGCAAAGUAGAAUUUGUCUGUGAUCAAGUCCUUGUUAACAGUGGUUUUAUACUCUUAAGAUGGCAAGAUGAAUUAAGGGAGGGGAAAGAGAAUAGUGAGGAUCAGGGCAUCGCAUAUGUCAUGCAGACAUCUGGUACAACAGGCGAAGCAAAAGCCAUCAGAGUACCACACAUGUGCAUAGUGCCAAACAUCACUGACUUGAGGAACAUCUUCAAAGUGACAUCUGAUGAUGUGAUGUUCCUUACCUCUCCCUACACCUUUGAUCCUUUCAUUGUUCAGAUGUUCACAGCAUUUGCAGCUGGAGCCAGACUUGUAAUUGUGCCUGACAAUGUUAAAAUGGUGCCGUCUAAGCUUUGCAGCAUUCUUUUUGAUGAAGAAAGAGUCACUAUUUUACAGCCCACUCCAUCACUGUUGUACCACAUUGGUCAAGAACUGAUUCAGUCAAAGAUUCUCGAUAAAGAUUCAUCUCUCAGAGUGCUUGCAUUUGGUGGCGAAGCCUGCCCUACCCUCUCCACUCUUAGAAAAUGGAGGUCUCCUGAGAGUAACAGCUCAAUCUAUAAUCUUUAUGGCAUCACAGAAGUUUCCUGUUGGGCAUCUUGUCAUAAAAUUACUGAUCGUGAGUUGGAGGAUACAAGUGCUGAUUUUCAUGGUAUUUCAACAUCUGGACAUGUAAGCCUGGAGAGCCACAAAGCCAGUUGGGUUAGUGAAGUACCUCUUGGUACUUCUCUGACAGACACAACCAUUGAGGUGCGAGAUGCAAAUGGGAAAAUUGUUUUGGAAGGAGUGGGACAAAUAUACAUUGGUGGUGUAAAUAGAGUGUGUCUCCUAGACAAUGAAACCCAACUCCACCUGGGAACAAUGCGUGCCACAGGGGACUGGGCUUAUGUAAAAGACAAGACCAUUUGGUACCAAGGACGCAAAGACAGGCAGAUCAAGCGAAUGGGAAAGAGAAUAAAUCUGGAUUGGAUUGAACGGCAGAUUUCUGAGCAGUUCCCAGAAAUGACAUGUUCCUUGGUUUUAGAGAAAACUGCCGACAGAAAACCUGAUAAACUUCGCCUAUUUGUAGUAAACAAAUCUCUGUUGCAUGUUCACAAUGAACUGUCAUCUUUUAAAAGAAGCAUACUGAACAUCUUACCGGUUGAUGCUUGUCCUGAUUCAGUACAUACGAUUUCUCACCUUCCAAUGACAGCUCAUGGAAAGGUUGACAGAGGCUCCCUGUUAGUUGAGGCUCAGAAAAGAACAAAGCUAGUGGACAUGUCUAUGAGAGAGUUUUUAAGAUAUGCCUUGAAUGAAGUCUUGGGAGUCACUGAAACCAAUGGUGAACAGAAGAUUUUUACUGACAGUGAGGAAAGACAGGCUGAUGGUUUGUUUCAUGUCAAACAAAGAGAUUUUAAGGAAGAUGACAUGUUUAUUGCUUGUGGUGGGUCAUCUCUUAAUGCGGUAAGGCUUGUGGAUCUAAUUGAGACAUUUGUUACUGAAGAGAAGGAGACAGAAGUUGAUCUUUCAGAGUUAUUGGACAUAAUUUUAACAAAACCCUUUGGUGCCCUUUGUGGCUACCUUGAGAGAAAACUCAAUAUCUUUGAUAAAGGAAAGGAUCUGGACUCCAAGGAGACACAUCAUCUACAUCAGGAUGCAAAUGCUCUUACAAAUACUCUUGUAAUUAGUGUUCCUUCUGAGCAAGUGCCUGUUCUUCCAGUGAAGAGAAAGUUCUCAACUCUAGCUGAUGGUGCCUCCCUUUAUAAUAAUGAGGCAGCAAAAAAGAUCCAGGGAGUAGAAGAAAGUGAAGACUCUAGCACAAAUGCUCCAUCCAGUGUAGCUGAUGUGAAAACCUGUUUUUGUACUGUACAAAGACAAAACCAGUUUACCAUUUGUAACAUCUGUAAACAAUCAACACCAAGCAUAGAUAGGCUUGUGGCAGGCAAGGCACAAAUAUUUCCUGCCGGUCUAACCAGUGUUCAGGCUGGUAUGAUAUCCUGUGAGGCUGGACCAUCACCAGUGAUGACCAAGGUCUCUAAGGAGUUCUCCUCUUCUGUCCAAGAUCAUAAAGUUCCCAGGAAUGUCAACCUAGAUACAGGAAAUUUUAACAAUGCCAAAGGAAAAGUUUCUGUUUCUUGUCAGUGGCGAACUUGUCUGUACAAGUGUAUUGAUGCAUCACCUCUUGUGGUUCAUGCACCAGGGAGGUCUGAAGGAGAAGUUUUCAUUGGUUCUCACAGUCACAUGUUCAUGUGCAUCAGACUGAGUGAUGGCAAAGUCCUGUGGGAGAGUAGGCUGGGGGACAGAAUAGAAUCUUCUGCAGCUCUUUCACUCUGUGGUAGAUAUGUAAUAGUGGGUUGUUAUGAUGGCCAAGUGUAUGUACUCAACCGCUUCACCGGUGAAACAAGUUGGACAUUCCAAACAGGAGCAGCAGUGAAAAGUUCUCCUUGCAUUGACCCCCAGACUGGGGUGGCCUGGGUUGGGUCACAUGAUCACUAUUUGUAUGCCCUUGAUGUCACAAAUAGGCAGUGCAUUUCUGCAACACACUGCGGUGCAGGAUCUUGUUUCAGUUCUCCAUGUAUAAGUAAGAAACCUCAUUUAGUAUUCAUUGCUACACUAAGUGGCCGUCUUCUUGCAAUUGGUGCUACUGAACAUACAAUACUUUGGAGUCAGCAGUGUCCUAAGCCAGUGUUUGCAUCACCAUUAUUGACACCCAUUGGUAUAGUUUGCGCAUGCGUGAAUGGAUUUGUUUAUUGUUUUGACUUCCAGGGUAAUAAGCUAUGGGAGUUUGAGACACAAGCUUCAGUGUUCUGUUCAGCGACUUUGUACCAUGAUGUAAGAUAUGGUUCCAGGAUCUCACACUGUAUUUUUUUUGGCUCACAUGACAAAUCUGUGUAUUGCUUGUCACUAACUGGUGAGCACUUGUGGAGAUUUACAACUGAUGGGCCUGUGUAUUCAAGUCCUUUUGUAGCCAUGAUUGAGGAAAAUAUGUCUUGUCACACAAUGUGUAACGCAAGGCCUUGUGAUGAGCAUGAUACUCAAUUAGCAGUGUUUGCUUUGUCAAGUGUUGGAAGCCUGUAUAUUCUGGAUUUUUAUUCAGGAGUUCUUUUAGCUUUUUAUUCAUUGCCUAGUGAAGUAUUUUCUUCAUCUGUUGUAUUCAACAAUCAAAUUCUCAUUGGCUGUAGGGACAACUAUCUCUACUCACUUGGAAUAUUAACCCUUUAACUCCUCAAGAUCUCAUCAGUAAUUCUCCUUACUGUCUGCCACAUAGUUCUUAUGAUGUUAAUUUGGAGAAUUUGGUAUUGGAUCUACUAAUAAUUCCUAAUUAAUAUUUAUUCUCAUCACUUGUCUGCCUGAUAUUGUAUUGAUAUUGUAUGGAGAAAUUCUGUCUUGGUCACUUGUGGGAGUUAAAGGGUUAAAUGAAACUGAAGAGUAAGUAGUAACAAUGUUGACUAUAAAAAAUAUUUUUAUUUUCUUUUUACUCAUCUAAAAAUACAGCUAGAUUUUCAUUUUAAUUAAUUCCCAGACUGAAUUAUUUUUUCUGCAGACUUAAGA